CGGAAGUGGCGUCUUCACUCCUCGCCGUCUCAGAAUGCCGCUGGGGCCUCGGGGCCUGUGACUGACGCCCCGUCCGCCCCCCGCGCGGGCUAGGCGGGGGAGAACGACCCAUGGAGCGACCGUGAGAUUCAGCAGCAGAUUGAAAAUUCCUUACUGCCAAAAUGACGUCACUUCAUAGUUCUGCCCAGUGUUCAACAUCCAGUAGUGCUUGCAGGAUCUCACCAGAACAGAUCAGUAAGGUACGGCCCAAACUCCCACUUUUGAAGAUUUUGCAGGCAGCAGGUGCACAGGGUGAAAUGUUCACUGUGAAAGAGGUCAUGCAUUACCUAGGCCAGUAUAUAAUGGUGAAGCAGCUUUAUGACAAGCAGGAGCAGCAUAUGGUGUACUGUGGUGGAGAUCUUUUGGGAGAACUACUGGGACGUCAGAGCUUCUCUGUGAAAGAUCCAAGCCCUCUCUAUGAUAUGCUAAGAAAGAAUCUUGUCACUUUAGCCACUGCUACUACAGAUGCUGCUCAGACUCUCGCUCUCGCACAGGAUCACAGUAUGGAUAUUCCAAGUCAAGACCAACUGAAGCAAAGUGCAGAGGAAAAUUCCAGUUCCCGGAGAAGACCUGAAGAAGGCAAUAUUCCCGUACUGCCUACCUCACAGCAUAAAUGCAGGAGUUCUGGAGAAGGUGAAGACCUGAUAGAAAAUUUAGCCCACGAUGAGACAUCCAGCCUGGACCUUGGGUUUGAGGAGUGGGAUGUAUCUGGUCUGCCAUGGUGGUUUCUAGGAAAUGUGAGAAACAGCUAUACGCCUAGGAGUAAUGGCUCAACUGAUUUACAGACAAAUCAGGAUCUAGGUACUGCAGUUGUUUCAGACACCACAGAUGACUUGUGGGUUUUGAAUGAGUCAGUGUCAGAGCAGUUCGGUAUUGGAAUAAAAGUGGAAGCUGCUGAUUCUGAACAAUCAGAAGUAGGAAAAAUGAGAGAAAAAAAGGUGAUUGAAGUGGGAAAAAAUGAUGAAUUUGAGGACUCUAAGUCCUUAAGUGAUGAAACUGAUGUUGAAGUUACCUCUGAGGAUGAAUGGCAGUGUACUGAAUGCAAGAAAUUUAACUCUCCAAGCAAGAGAUACUGUUUUCGCUGCUGGGCCCUGAGGAAGGAUUGGUAUUCAGAUUGUUCUAAAUUAACUCAUUCUCUCUCCACGUCUGAUAUCACUGCCAUACCAGAAAAGAAAGAAAAUGAAGGGAUUGAUGUCCCUGAUUGCCGGAGAACCAUAUCAGCUCCAGUUGUUAGACCUAAAGAUGUUUAUAUAAAGGAGGAAAGCGCCAAACUCUUUGACCCCUGCAACUCGAUGGAAUUCUUGGAUUUGGCUCAGAGUUCAGAAAGCCAGGAGACCAUAUCAAGCCUGGGGGAACCGUCCGAUAACCUUUGUGACCAGAAGACAGACACGGAUAACAUGGAGGAUUGCCAGAAUCUCUUGAAGCCUUGUAGUCUGUGUGAGAAAAGACCACGAGAUGGGAACAUUAUUCAUGGAAGGACAGGUCAUCUUGUUACGUGUUUUCACUGUGCCAGAAGAUUAAAAAAGGCUGGGGCUUCCUGUCCUAUUUGCAAGAAAGAGAUUCAGUUUGUUAUUAAGGUUUUUAUAGCAUAGCUGAGUCAGUGAAUGGUGGAACAGUAAUGCCAGGGCCAGGCUGUGCACCAGACAUCAGUAUUCAGCAUCCCUCCUCAGUGGGGCCUUUUACUGAUCAUUUCCUCAUAUAGAACACCUCUCUGUUCCAGGCGCUUUUUGCUUUCAAACAGUUUAUGGAAUUUGAGUUCUUUCGAAUUUGGGGCUCCGUGAACAUGAAAACUAUCUUAAUUCAUUCUCCUUAAUUCAAUCUCCCAUAAGGAUUAACUGCCAGUAUGAAUGCAAAUACGUUUAUUUAUCACCAAAUUAUUUGAGGAUCAAUGAGCUAAUUUUGGUUCCUGCUCUUUUCUGUUUGUGAAUGUUCUUAAAAUCCAAGGUGGCCACUAGGAGAAUGUUCAAGCUAACAGUGAAAAAACACCAGUUUAUUAGGUUACAUGGAUGCAGGUCGUUGAUCCGGCCAUGGUUCAAAGAUCCCAAAUGUCUUGAAUAACAAGACUUUUGGGGCUGGGGCUGGGCACAGUGGUGGAGUGUCUGCUUCACAUAAAAUUGUGGGAAGCUGGGGGUGUGGGGGUUCUGUUUCCAGCACUUCCUCCCCCCACCCUUUGCAAAAUGUGAAACAAUCAGCCUGAACAUGAAAUGUCCUGGACUAAAGGCAUCGACAGUUUUGCUGACAUACUCCUAAACCCUUUUGCACAUCCAAAUUGAGAUGAGCCAACAAGUAUAUCCUUCUGAUGAAUUGUGACCAUCUGAGUAACCAGCCCAAGCAUGUGGACUGUGUUCACUCAGAACAUUCCCUCUGCCUUUACCAAGCAAGUCUCUCCAUUUCAUGACUUCCUCUGGCUUUGUUUUCCAUUUGCACAUGCUUAAUUUGACAUCUACCAUUUACAAAUCAAAUAGAAAAAAUACGCUAUCCAAGAUACUGUAUAUGUGCAUUCACAGUAUUUUUGAAAUCAAACUUGGAGACAAUUAGGUUUAUAGAAAAGGCCCUACCCAUCAUAUAAACUGGCUACGCCUAUUGUAACAUUAAUCAGCUAAAUCAAACUUCACAUACACUCAGAAGACAUUUAGUUUUAAUUUUGAUUCAAAUGUGUUAAUAGAGGUCACUUGCUUAACUUCAGUUGCCACUCUGGAAACAAGGCAUAGAAUUUUUAAAAAGUCCAUUCUCCUGUAGUCAUUGAUUUGCAGGACUGUUAAUGAUGGGGUUUCACGUCAAGUUACAGCCCUCCACCCUCCCCCAGACUGUCCACUUCCCUCCACCGUUGUCAGAUUGCCUCUUCUCCUGACCCAACAAGGCAUCUAAACCAAAGUGCUGUUUGCUUUACUGUGGCCUCACUGUCGGCUGGAGAGUCCUGGAUGUGUUUGUUUUUCUUUGAACUUUUAUUUGAUAUCUCUAGAUGCAUUUUUUACACACGGGUAAUACUCUAGUGAGAUCCUAGGUAAAUGAUAGCCAGUCUUUUGAAAAUAGGAAUGGGUUUUGCAGUUGUGAAAAAGAAAGUAACUAAAGAGAAUGAUGGACCUAGUGAGGCAUUAUCUGAACACAAAAAUCUUGAGAAUCACCUGGGUUGUUAAAAAUAAGCUCAGCUGCCAUACCCCAACACACACACACAACACACACACACCCCUUACAUUCUUGAUCACCCACAUACAUACACACAUCCUAUACAUCAUAUACACACAGAUCCCUGUCUGGGUUGUGGACUUCCAUUUGAACAGAUUCUGGGAGCUGGAGCAUGUGGCCUGCAGAUCACAGAUUUUUCUUAAAGCACUGCCCUAGAAGGAAAGACUUCCCCCAAGUACAGGAAGUGGAGCAAUAUCUAUUUUAGCACCAUAUUUAAAUGCACUCUUUCUCAGCCCUUUACUUUGCACAUGGGGCCCGAAGAUUAAAUGACUGCCCUAGCUAGUAUACGCUUACUAGAAUCUAUCUCUUAGAGUCAGUUUUGAAGCAUUCUUGUUUUCUUUUUUGAUAUUUAAGUAGUGCUGCUUGUUUAAUUUGGGGUGACAAUCAUUUUGCUCCAAAGUCUGACUUGCAGCAAAAAGAACAUUUAGAACUGUCACUUUCAGCACUUUCUCGUAAAAGAAAAGGACCUGUGAAAGUCAUAUUCUCGAUAUCCAGAUGAAUGACUUCUUGCAGGGGGAGGAAGUGUCAAAUAGCGCAACCUGAAACCUUUCCUCCCAGUAUUCCUCUUGGGAACGUAGCUCGGGUAUUGGGCUCCCUAGGUUUUAGGGCAAAGAUUCCCCCAUCCCCUGAGAGUAAAACCAGUCUUUUGAGUUUGUAUUUUACUAGACUGUGGUAAAUAUUCUACAGCCUUAAAGAGUUUGGGUCGGAGUGCUAGUACAGUGGGUAGAGCAUUUAUUUGCCUUGCAUGGUGUUGACCCAGGUCACUCCCUGGCAGUCCCUGAGUCCUGCAAGUGUUUGAUCCCCUGAGCAGAGAGGUGUGGAGUAGGCCUUGAAUACCACUGAGUGUGUUGCAAAAACUCAACACCCCCCCCACCCGCAACACACAAGAAAACCCCAGCAACCCCAAACCUUAGAAUGUUAUAUUUCUUCUCUGUUUCCCUUUAUUCUACUUGUAGUCGUCUGAUACCCUUCCAUUUUGUUUUAAUUUCCCAGUUCAGUACUUUUUGCAAAUGAUACAGAGGAAAGUUGGGUGCCAGCACUUGUACCCUGUGAUUUCCCCUUAGAUAAUUUUGUAAGUUUAGAGAAAGUUUAAGAAAACUUUGAGCUCCUUGGUGUUGAUUUUGGUUGCAUUCUCUUCCACGUGCGUCUCAGCACUUGUCUCCUUCCCCUUUUGUUUGCAGUUUUCUCUCUGCACACCAAAACACCUUGUUUAGAAGAUCCUAAACUGCACAUUUUUUAAAUUUUUAGUUGAAUCUCAUCUUUUAGGAAACAAACCCGUGUUGAUAGAUUCUUAAAA